GUUCACCGAGCGCCGGUAGCCUAAUCAGAAGAGAAUAUUGACAACGCGAUAUUGUAAUUCUAAAGUUGAGUAUUCAUUUCAACAUGCCACUCAAGAGCUUUCGCGUUGCAUUUCUACGAGGGCCAGCCGCUGUUAGAAGAACUUUAGCACAUCUUGAAAAAGAUCCGUUAAAGUUGAGAAAUAGAGUUCAGGUUUUGGCCUUACACUAUACAAAAAAUGAGAAAAACCACCAAGGAAUGAGCGAGUUUGCUUUCUGGAACCUCAGUCAACUUCAGUACAACAAUCCAAACGUUCAGAUUUUAUCAUUCAUCAACCAGACUCCGGCGCCAUUUUUCCGCGCAUUCUGUGACACAGGUGAGGACAUUCUGGUGGACGUUGACGGCUACGACAGAGUCUCUAUUAUUAAUCAUCUUCGCAAAGUCCUUUGCAAGUCUCCAGCAAAAAUCGCAGCCGAAGCCCUCAAGAAAGACCCCAUACAACCAAACCCCGCCCACUUCGGCUGGGGGUGCAAGCGACAGUGCAUAUGUACAACGUUAGGACAGGUGCCAUGUCCCGCUCUCAUCCCGCUACCGUACGCCUACCGCGGCAAGUACAGAGUGCGACCAGAACUGCUAGAGGACCUAGGGGAGGAGCGGGAGAUGCUGACCGAACAAGACAUAUGCGGACCUAAUUACCAGAUUGUCAUCAAUAAACAAGAACCUCCCAAGCAAGACUACGAAUAGUGUGGCACUUCAUGUAUAUAAAUUAUAUAAUCUUA